AUGGCCAACAUGCAGUUCACUUCCCAAAUGGCAGGAGACAAUCUAGUUGGCACAGAUUCACGUUCGUUACCCACGACGGACUCUGGUUCUCAACAAUCUGGCACUUCCCAAACCACCACAGACACCAGCUCCAGAAGAAAUCUUCACAACGACAGUCCACCACCGGAACUGAACCGAAUUGAGCUACCUCCAGAUUUGGCGUCAAAAGAGAAGGAGCGUCGCGGAAGCAAGGGAAGCAAGGGAUCCGGAGAAGAUGCACGACCAAAGGCUGAAGGAACUCAGGAUACCGCUAAAGUUACGACCGCUAAAGGUAGCAGCUCACCUAAAGAAGUGGUCGAAGCCACAUCAAGACCCCUACCACCGCCACCGAAAAAGUAUCCGGAUAUGUCGCAUGUGAACUCAGACCAAGCCAGCGGAUCUAAACGGAUGGCUCUGGCUAACCUCGAUAAACCGACACCUCCAGCGAGUGGGCUAGGAAAGAAGAAGAAGAUCAUUGUUGGACCGAAUCAGGAUGGAAUGAGCACUCCUAAGGAACCUUCUCAAAGGCUGAACCU